AUGGACAGCCCGCCGCCUGCGAUGGAGCAGCCAAUGGUUCCGCCAGAGUUGCACCAUCACGCCGAGUACACAGCUGGUGGCGAGGGGCCCGCGGUGUACCAGCAGGUCGGCUAUCCGCUGGGGCCUUUCUUUGAGACGUACAGGUCGCGCAAGUAUCUCUGGGUCGGCACCGCAGCGGCUGCGUCUUGCCUCGUGUUGCUGGCGAUCGUCUUGGCCGUGGCCUGGAGCUUCAAGCGGCAGGUCGACCGUACGCCUCAGGUAAGACUAGCUGCCGCUUCUACCACCACUGAGCUGUACGACUGUGCAUCUGGCUAUUCGAAGGGGUCUGCCGCCAAUUGGACCAAGGACCAGACAUCCUGGUGCUGCCAGACGUACGGGCGCGGCUGUGGCACCACCUCCUCGCCGCCGUUCGACUGCUGGUCGGGCCUCACCGACUGGCAGGGGAAGUGGGACAACGUGAAGAAGCAGUGGUGUUGCGUCCACUCGGGGAUGGGUUGCCCUACAGCCAGCACUCACCCUUUCAAUUGUCAGGAGACGGGCAAGCAUCACAAGUGGAGCCUCGACAAGAAGGCAUGGUGCUGCACGAAUCAGGGGCUUGGGUGCCCGACCACUACCGCCAUCCCUUUCGACUGCUUCUCUCAGUUCAGUGACUGGGCAACUGCCUGGACGGACGAGCAGAAGUCAUUCUGCUGCCUCUACUUCAGCCGCGGCUGUCCUACCACGGUGCCCCCAUACGACUGCGAUGCGACAGAGGAGGGAUACACCCAGUUGUACCUGGGCGCCGCGUAUGUCCGUGGGGCGGGAGGAGUUCCUCGGCGCCUGGGCGACAAGCCAACGACGCCCACCACUGAUACUCUCCAGGAGAGUGGCCCAGCAACCGACCAGGUGGUCCCAGGACAAGCUCUUGCGGAUGGAGGGGCCGCAGGGCUUCCGGGCGACAAUGCAACGGCGCCGGUGGCCAGCGACGUCUCGGUGGUCCCGGGACAAGCUGUUGCGGAUGGAGGGGCCGCAGGGCUUCCGGGCGACAAUGCAACGGCGCCGGUGGCCAGCGAAGACUCGGCGCCCCCAGGGCCGGCAGUCCCUCCUGCGGGCAACCUCUCCGACGACGUCGCUGCAGCGGCCGUGGGCGGAAGCUCGUCGGCUUCGCAGCAGCAGACGCAGGGCCAGCAGCCGGCGUCGCCAGGCCCGGAGGGCAACUGGUCCGUCGAGAAGCGCGACUGGUGCUGCUCCAGGUUCAGCAAGGGCUGCGACAUCAGCACCACGACAUCUGCGCCGUACGACUGCGACAAAGACUUCGCCCAAUGGAACUCAAAGUGGAGCAAGGGGCAAAUGGAGUAUUGUUGCAUUGCCUAUCGGCGCGGGUGCAAGCAUGCCAGCCCAGCGCCGCACAAUUGUUACGAGGGUUUUGCGACUUGGGAGAAGUCGUGGGCCCAGGAGAAGAAGGAGUGGUGCUGCAUGUACGAGGGUCGAGGGUGCCCUCAGGCGACCCAGCCGCCCCACGACUGCGAUGCGGACUUUCGCAGCUGGACAACCUCUUGGACGCUGGCCAAGAAGUCGUGGUGCUGCCUGAACGAGCACAAGGGAUGCCACACCACCUCCAGACUGCCUUAUGACUGCUUUUCAGAUUACGACAGGUGGGACUCCAUCUGGCCGCUGGAACAGAAGUCCUGGUGCUGCCAGUACCAAGCGCGCGGCUGCCCGACGACAAGCCCGCCGAUGUACGCUUGCUCGGGGAAGGCCGACGGCUGGUCCAGCGCAGAGCAGGAGUGGUGCUGCUCGCAUGGCCUGGGUGGCUGUCCCAUGGUGGCCGCCGCCGCCCUCUACGACUGCCCAGCCGAGCUGGACUUCAUCGAGGACGAAGAAAUCACCGCCACGACUGCAGCAACGACCUCGGAGGCCCCAGCGCCGGCCCCGACGUCUCCUCCCACCAAGACUGCAGCAGCGACCGCGGAGGCCCCGGCGCCGGCCCCGACGUCUCCUCCCACCGAGACUGCAGCAGCGACCGCGGAGGCCCCGGCGCCGGCCCCGACGUCUCCUCCCACCAAGACUGCAGCAGCGACCACGGAGGCCGCGGUCCACGUUGAGAGCGGCGCCGCCCGGAAGCUCAAAAAAAAGGCUGCGAACGAGGAGCAGAGGGCGUGGUGCUGCACCCACCGCAACAGAGGCUGCCCUGCGCCGCAGCAGCUGAGCUACAACUGCACGCUGAGCGCCGCAGGGGUGGUGGAGCCGUGGAGCGACAGUAAGAGCCGGUGGUGCUGCUCGCACUACGGGCGCGGCUGCCCCACCACGACGGAGUCCCCCUACGAUUGCUACCAGGAGUUCGACGAGUGGGAGGCCAAGUGGGAUCCGAGGAAGAAGGCCUGGUGCUGCAUGCACUUUGAAGUCGGAUGCCCCAACAUUUCUUCUGCCCCGCACGACUGUUACGACGGCUUUGGGAAGGACGGCUCGGAGUGGCCCGAUAAGUGGAGCACGGAGAAGCAGACUUGGUGUUGCCAGAACCACGGUCGCGGGUGCGCAGUUACCAGCAAGCAGCCCUACGAUUGUUACACGGGUGACAUGUCGUCAUGGAGCGACGGGCAGCAGGAGUGGUGUUGCCGAGAGAAGGGCAUUGGCUGCAGCUCCACCACGUCUCUGCCAUUCGAUUGCCUGAAGGACUACGACGGCUGGAAUGAGACGUGGCCUGUGGAGAAAAAGGCUUGGUGCUGUCUGCACGCGAGCAGGGGCUGCCAGCUGCCAGCCGUGGUGAAGUUUGACUGCCACGAAGGCGGCGUGGCCUCGUGGACCCAGGAGAAGCAGACCUGGUGCUGCGCAAACAUGAAGCUUGGCUGCUAUGUGACUGAGGCGCCCACCACCACCACACAAGAGACGCAGGCGCCCUCCUCUGUCGCGCCGCCGGUGGAGUCUCCUGCGCCGACGCUGGCGGCGCAGCCGGCUCCGCCUACGACGGCGGACCUCCCCCCAGCCCCGGCACCGGCGAUCGACGUGCCCACGGAGGCGCCUCCGCUGACGGAGGCCCCGCCACUGGUCACCGUGCCGAUGGUGGCCCCCCUGGAGCCAGAGGCCAAGGAGCAGGAGCAAGCUGCCGGGGGAGAGGACGAGAGCUACGAUUGCGAAGUUGGCAUCAAUGACUGGACGACCGAAUGGGAUGCGGCGAAGAAGAUGUGGUGCUGCCGCCAUCAGGGCCGUGGCUGCGCGCCUAUGCUGGACGCAGAUGCGGAUGUCGCCAGGACGUGA